GAAGCAGCAGCAGCCAAUAGGAGCACACCUUUCAUGUAGCGCAAAUUUUGUUGUUGACAACAACGCGAUUUGGUUUACUAUCUAGCUAGCUGGAAUAUAUAAAAUAACAUUUAUGAUGACCAGCAGCAAAACUAAUAUCGGUUUGAUGAUCAUGUACAAGGAUGAGUCAGUGGACGUCCGUUACGUAGAUGAUUCCCGUUUGCACUUGUCGCCCUGUGGCUCGGAGUUCAUGUUGGAGAAAGCCCCUACACGAUCUGCACAUCCUCUUCAGUCUAAUGAGAAGGUUCGACAGAGGACCAGGUUCGCCACCAGCAGCUACAAGGACCUGAUGCUUGGUGCUUUGGAGUUCAGGAACGAGUAUGCAACACGACCUUACCUGCCUGAAGAACUAAUCUCGGACGACCACAGAAAGCAGGUCUUCAGCAUUGACCCUGAGGUGGAGUGGCCUGCAUGUUAUUCCUGUACUGCUGAGGUGGGAUUGAACCGAGAGAUCGUCGUCAGUUCAGUGGAGCGGAGUGCCAGUCUGCUGCUUUCUUCCUCUGGAGAGGAGUUCUCUGUAAACUUCACCUGCAGACUUAGUCACAACCAACACCACAGGCCUCGGAGCCGAGACCCAAAUAGGUCUGUCACUGAACACAUACAGCAAGACAACCAAACCUGUAGGCCAAAGACUCCAUCUCAACAGAGUGGCGCCUGUGCUGAGCAACAGCAAGGAGAGGUAUACCUGUCCACCAGAGUGGUCCAGCACCACUCUGUCUCCUGUGUUCCUCUGGUGUGGCGCUACCCUCUGUCUCUGGCCCUUCACCUCUGGCGCGCCCAGUCCCAGCCCUCUGGAGAGAGGAACAGGGGGGAGACAGAAGAAGAGACAGCCAGGGGGAGAGACCAGACUGAGAGAGCAGUGACAAUGACAAACACAUCUAGAGGAGAGAGGAGGUCUCACCUGCCCCAAGCCCUGCCUCUCAGAUGCCCUUCCCCUCAUCAGCACAGGUGGAAGUCCAUGUACUCUCUGGUCCAAGAUGAACAGGAGGCAGACCAAGACCUCCCUACAGAGUUGGUUAAAGUGGUGUGGUGCCAAGGGGUGCUGUACAGGAUAGUGGAUGGAGCCAUCCCAGUUGUGGAGGUUUCUCCAGGGGAUGGUUCAGUCAUCAGGUCUAACGGAGUGCUGGCCAGCUACUUCACCCACCACAGAGCUGGCCCUGGCCCUGGGGAGGUAAAGGAUGUGACGUACCACCUAAGCAGCCUCCCCCCUGACACACCUGGGCAGGUCUACUCUGUGUGCUCUAUGGUGACUCGAGCCAGCAGGAUCCUGAACUGCUACAACCAGGUUAGACACUCUCUAAAGCUCCCUGCUGCACAGAGCUGCUACAACCAGGUUAGACACUCUCUAAAGCUCCCUGCUGCACAGAGCUGCUACAACCAGGUUAGACACUCUCUAAAGCUCCCUGCUACACAGAGCUGCUACAACCAGGUUAGACACUCUCUAAAGCUCCCUGCUACACAGAGCUGCUACAACCAGGAGACCAGUUCAGAGCCCUUUAUACAGGAAGUACACAUUUCUGAGUCUGGUUACAUUAAUACCACUGAAACAAGACAAAGCAGGCCUAACUGUGUUGCUGAAGAGCUGGAGAAGAUCAAACGCUUCAACUUUCUGUUGGAUAACAGUCAUCUUCUUAAAGCCCAGAGGGGUUCUACAGUGGUGGGCUGUGGUUCUAAAGAGCACGUGGCCCACUGUGAGCCGGUCAACGAGAGCAUCGCGGAGGCCCUCCAGAGAACUUCCAAAACCAUCCAGGAUAUCGACAACCUCCUACUUUCUAGAGACACUGUCAUGCAGGGCAGCGGAUCAUACAGUCCUGUGUGACGUGUGAUGUCGGGUUUGCUGUCAGAAAAGACUUAUUGCAAAUGAGGAACAUGUGAAGCAGUCAGAAUUAUUCAUUGGUUUCAGUAUCACUAAGUAAACAUUGUCUAGUGGCAGUUUCAUUGCUUUACUUACAGUUGAAGUACAGACUGCAGGAAAAAGAAAAUAGUUUUCCAUUAUUGUGAGGCUCAGAUAUAGGUCAAGGUGUCUAACACUGUCCUCCAGCUCAGCAACAGCCUCAACCCAUGUGUGGUUAGACAUAGUGGUUAGACCAGACUCUGAAAGACGAUGGUUGUGGUGUGUUGAAGCUAGGCAACAGUUUGUUGAAAAAUACUUAUUGUCCAUCUUAUUGCAAUUCCUGUACUGUCUUCAUCUGAUAUCAUGAGGCGUAUUGUACAGUGACAAUCACAAGUAAGAACGAUUUUAAGUCAUCUGCCAUGUCCAUUUCACCUUGUUGUCAGUGCUUUUCCAAGUGUACAGUUUAAUAAGUGCCAUGAUUCCCCAUUUUGAAUAACUCAUCAGUUCAUGGUGGUCUCACUUCAGUAGGACUGGAAAGAAGAACUCUAAAGGAAGUGGCUGGAAAUGACUAAUGUUUUGUGUUGUGCUAUACAGGAUGUGUGUCAUUAAUACUCUACAAGGUGUUGAAAGUGUUCCACAGGGAUUCUGGUACAUGUUGACUCCAAUCCACAGUUAAGUUGGCUGGAUGUCCUUUGGGUGGUGGACAUUCUUGAAAACCCCAGCAGCGUUGCAGUUAUUGACACAAACGGUGCACCUGGCACCUACUACCAUACCCUAUUCAAAGGGACUUAAAUAUUUUGUCUUGUCCAUUCACCCUCUGAAUGGCACACACACACAGUCCAUGUCUCAAUUGUCAAGGAUUAAAAAUCCUUCUUUAACCCUCCCCUUCAUCUACACUGAUUGAAGUGGGUUUAACAAGUGUCAUCAAUAAGUGAUCAUAGCUUUCAUCUGGUUCACCUGGCCAGUCUAUGUCAUGGAAGGAUGUUUUGUAUUCUUAGUGUAUGUUCAUGAAUAAAGCCAAACUGUUCAGAAUGUCUUACAGUA